AUGUCAUCUUUCCACUUUCCACAUCGAGUAUUGGAUCACAGUUUGAUUUUAAAUUUUAAUAAGGUCCAGAACGGAAUCGCAUUUGUCAUUAGAGGUGGUUGCAGUUUUGUUACAAAAGCCAGUUUUGCUCAAGCUGCAGGUGCGGUCGCUUUCAUAUCUUACGACUAUCAGAAUAACUCUGCUCGUGUCUUGAAUAUGGUUCCGGAUGAAACUUCGACUCAAAUUGGUAUCCCUUGUGCUUUCAUGCAGGGCAAUCACGCGCAAAACCUUCUCGAGUUAAUGGAUUCUGACGGAAGUACCUAUUUGGAUGUCAAUUUUCCUGUUGAUCGUAAUGGGGAAUUAAUACUGCCGGAUACGUUUUCACCCAUGCGACUCGAUUAA